AUGGCGGAGGUGCGAGGACAGGCGCUGCUGUGGAUCGGCUACUGGCAAGGGUGCAAACGGUGGCAUGUGCACACCUUUCAGGUGGAGGGCGACCAACUUGUGAUUCGGCCACGAGAUGACGAGAGCGCCGGAGAGACACUCACGCUCGACCUCGCCACCUGCGUCAUCGAAGGCACGGACGACCUUCGCUUCACCAUCAAGUCCGGGGAGCAGACGUACCACUUCCAAGCUGGCUCAGAAGAUGAGCGACAACGGCUCGUCGUGAGUCUAAGCAGCGCCAAGAUCUUCAGCAAGAGCUUGAUUGAUGCCCAGACCAUGCCGGAGCAGGGCGGUGGCGACGACGAAGCAGCAGAAGAGGAAGAGCAGGAUGCCACAGUUGAUACGGAGCAGCUGCGUGCCCAAAUCAAGGGCAUCGUCGAUAACCUGCAGCGCUACGUCCGAGCCACCGAGCAGACUCUCGCAAACUUCAAGUUGCCGGCCAAAGCAGCUGUGAAGGCCUCUGAGCUGCACUACAACUUCAACUGCAUCAUGCAGUCGUGUGAGGAUCUCAACAGCGCCCUGGCCGUCGUCUCGGACGUGUCCAUUGCCGGUGUCGCCGUGCGCGACGAGAGGCGCCGCUUCCUCCACCCCACACCACAGAAACACCAACACCAACACCAGCAGCCGCAGCAGCAGCAGCAGCAAGUGGAGGCAGCACACGUGCAAGCAGCAGCAGCAACAAACGGCCAUUCGCAGGUGGUGACGGCUGGGGAAGAUUCGCCAGCAGGGAAAGUUGAAGGAGAAGGUGAAGGAGAAGGAAACAAUGCAACGAUGGUGACUGGCGAUAACGGCGAGCAUGCAGAGGAGUCCCGAGCACCUGACGCCCAGCAGCAAAACACACCAGCAAGCACAGCGAUGGCAGAAGACGGGCAGCCGACACCUGAACACACACAGCAGCAGCAGCACGCCAACGACGAUAACAACAACAACAAGGCAACAUUUGCAACACUUGCAGAAGAACCCACCGCACUGGCGAAAGCAGAAGCAGGCGAGAGCGCAGCAGUCACAACCACCACCUUUGAUGCAGAUGCACCGGCAACAUCGACGACACUCAUGCAAGAGAGCAAAGAGGAGGGAGAAGAGGAGGACGAGGAGGAAGACGACAACGCGACGUUCUUCCGGACCGUUUCUCCGUCAUUUUCCCAGUUUGCAAAUCACGCGCCUGGCGCUGGUGCUGUGGACACCCGCACGUUCCUCGACGCCGCCAGGGAGAUGCUGCCGCUAAUUGCGCAGCUCGGCACGACGAUGACGCCCGUAAAGAGCGACAUUCUGGGAAACAUCAAGAAACUCGAGCGCGCAUAUGAGCAGGAUCCACAGGGAAGAGCCACCCUGGACCUUCUCAUCCAACACGAGAUUGACGCAGGCACGACAACGGCAAAGGAUGCUGCUACAGAUGCGCUGCUGUGGCUCAGGCGCGCACUGGAGUUUAUCGAGCACUUCCUCCUCAUGGUCAGCGAGGGCGAGGACAACCUGGCCAAGGCCGCCGGACACGCCUAUGAGAUUUCACUUCGCAAGCAUCACAACUGGAUGAUUCGGCAAGUGUUCGGCCUGGCCAUGCGCUCCCUUCCCGAAUACAGAACGUUCAUGGACUUCUUGGGCAGCGCAGAGGAUGAGCAGAAACUGCGUGAUAUGCAAGCGUACGCGCUGGGCGUUCGCAACGCUCGCUUGUCUGUGACUGUGCCAGAACCCUGA